AUGCCAUGGUCACCAGAUAACGAAGGACUAACUCAACUUUGUUUGACAUUACAACAUGCUGUUUCAACUAAUUCUGAUGAGAGACAGCAAGCACUCGAUGCAUUGGAAACAUUCAAAUUAGAACCACAGUUUGCCAAUUAUUUAUGUUACAUUUUACUUCAUCUUGAGGAAAUGGAUCAGUUAAGAGGUACUGCAGGUAUUCUUUUGAAGAAUUGCAUAUUGGGAGGCAACAUCGUUGACCUAGGGUAUGUCAAAUCAGAAAUUGUACGCGGGUUGUGUUUGAAUAACAAAUUUAUUGUCAAGAUUACUGGUAUUGUAAUUGCAGCCUUGUAUUCUACUUAUUAUAGACAGCAUAGAGAAGAUCCUCAAGGGUUAAUCACACUUGCACAAUUAAUUGAGCUCGCGAGAGACAAUAACGAGGGUUCUUUGAAGGCCUUAUCCAAAAUGAUGGAGGAUGGUGCACAGUUUUUCCAGUUACAAUGGUCGAACAAUCAGGUGCCGAUUGGAGAAUUGGUAUCGUUGUUUUUGACUUUGAUGGUAGAAGGUAAGACACCAGUAGUCAGAUCUGAGAGCAUCAACUGUUUGAACAAUAUUAUCCCGUUACAGUGCCAAGAAUUAUCCGUUAAUUUAGAUACUUUAUUGACAAACAUCUUCUCGUUAGCAUCUAGCGAAUCUUCAUAUUUAGUCAAACAACAAAUUUGCCAGUGUUUGACCCUGAACUUAGAGUUCAGACCAGACAAACUCAUGACACAUCUACAGGGCAUCAUACAAUUCAUGGGACAUUUGAUUGUUAACACUGAUAGAAACGAUAGUGAAGAGGAGAAAGUUGCAUUGGGAGCAUGUGAGUUUAUACUUGCGUUGGUGUCGAAUACAAACGUACCAGAUCAUCUGAUACAACCUUAUGUGCAAGAACUUGUUCCACUUCUUUUGACAAACAUGGUUUAUAGCCAGGAAGAAAUUGUUGUUAUGGAAGCUUCCAACGGGGAUGAUGCAGACUCUGAAGACAAAGAUGAAGAUAUCAAACCAGUUUCAGCAAAAAUACAAAAGAAAAAUGACGAUGAUAAUGACGAAGACUCUGAUGAUGACGAAAACUUUGAUCAUGAAUGGAACUUAAGAAAAUGUGCAGCAUCAGUACUCGAUAUACUUACCGGCAUAUUUCCGAAGGAAGUCAUAGAAACAGCACUUCCACUACUUAGAGAACAUUUGACUUCGGAUAGUUGGUACAUUAGAGAGGCAACAACACUAUCUCUUGGUGCUAUGGCUGAAGGUGGCAUGAAAUACUUCGAUGGUCAAUUGCCAGCGUUGAUACCAUUUUUGGUCGAGCAAUUGAAAAGUCCAUGGUUCCCAGUUAGAAGAAUGACCUGCUGGACUCUAAGCAGAUUCUCCAUUUGGAUCUUGGAUGAUCGUACCGAAUUUUUAAUGCCGGUACUAAAUCCUAUCAUGGAAACUUUACUGGACAAAAAGAAAGGUGUCCAAGAGGCAGCCAUUACGGCAAUUGCCACUUUUAUCGAGAAUAGUGAUCCUGAUAUAGUUGGUACAGUCCUAUAUGAGCCACUAUUAGACAGAUUCGACGAAUGUUUCAGAUUCUAUCAAAAGAAAAACUUAAUCAUUUUGUAUGAUGCGGUCAGUAGGUUGAGCGAGAAGUGUGAUCUUGAUGAACAAGCUAUUACGAAGUUACUUCCCCAUUUAUUGAACAAAUGGUCUGCUUUGGACGACAAUGACAAAGAACUCUGGCCACUCCUGGAGUGUUUAUCGUAUGUAUCAACAUCUUUAGGCCCCAGGUUCGCUCCGAUGGCUAUGGAAGUUUACAAUAGAGCUUGGAAUAUUCUCUGCAGAUGUGUUGAUUUAGAAGCCAAAUCACAAGUUGAUCCAACGAUAGUGGUUCCUGAAAAAGAUUUCAUCAUAACUUCACUUGAUUUAAUUGACGGGUUAGUCCAGGGGUUAGGUUACGAUUCCAAGGCCCUUUUAUUCCCAAAUCAUGAUACCAACAUGUUUUCCGUCAUCUUGCAAUGUUUACAAGAUCACAGCCAUGAGGUAAGACAAAGUGCAUACGCGCUACUGGGAGAUAUAGCAUAUUACUACGAGAGGCAAUUAUUUACAAGCGACUUCUCAAAGCGAAUGGUGGAAACAAUCGGAAACGAAUUGAUUCAAAACGGAGAAAACCAUGAAGCUGUAUCUACUGUCAAUAAUGCUAUCUGGUGCCUAGGUCUCAUGGCACAUAAGAUAGAUCUGGGCCCUUGUAUCAUUGAAAUAAGUAGGAUAGUGCUGGACCUCUUCUGUUCUACUCAGUUGGUUUUACCAACAAGCAUAAUGGAAAAUUUGUGCAUCACCAUUGCUAGACUAGCUCAUUUCCAUCCAGAAAUCUUCACACAACCACCUUUUGCAGGCGAAACCCAAUGGCACAAAUGGUGCUCUAUAGCCAGUGAACUCACAGAUCCAGAAGAGAAAACCGUCUCUUACACCGGUUUCAUUAAAAUAAUGAACUUAAUGGAUUUCAAUGCCCAAGGCAUGCCUUCCGACAAAACCUGGGAGCUCUUUUUCAGAGGAUUGCAACAAGAUGUCGACAUUUCCAUUAUAUCAGAGGACCUCUACGCUUUGGCAAUGAGGCUACCAGAUCCUUGGCAACAAUUGUUAAUGAACUCCGGAAUGUUUUGA